AUGUCAGCAAAAAAAUGGAAGCCAUCUGAGAGUCGGAUUAAGCAGCUUUAUGUCGUCGAAGAAAAGUCCAUCAAACAACUACGUGAGAUUAUCAACAAAGAGUUUGGGCUUAUAGCAACAGAGCGCCAAUACAAAGCCAAGAUUCAACAAAUGAAGCUUGAGCGAAACGUAAAAACGAAGGAACGUAGGACAAUUCUUCAACAUAUCCAGCAUCGAAAAUACAGCGUUGGAAAGGAGAGCAGGCAUGUCAGAAUUCGAGGCCAUAAAAUUACUGCAGAAAAGCUGGCUCGAUGGAUGAAAGAAAGUAUUAUAAAUCAUCCAGUGCUACUUACAAGUCCUUUGUCACCAAUAACGAGCGAAAUAAGUAUAGUUACAAAUUCUAGUCCCGGAUCUCCGACAAUGAUCCCUAGCGCAUUCUCAGAGUACCAGGCACCAGCCAUUGAGCCAACAAUCCAGAGCGACAUGAAAACUGCUGUUAUACGAAGACUUUUCGCUCAUGUUCACAAACUUGCCUUAGAGGCUCAGGAAGCAAGAAGUAUUUUCAAGGAUUUCCAGUUGAUUCUUGACUGCAAACCAAUGAAAAUCCAUUUCAGGAAGUGGGCUUCUGGAUGGAGUUAUCAGGAAAACGCUAUCCGAAAGAAAAUAGUUGCACGAGUGCAAGAUUUGAUGAACCUUCCUCGGAGGAUUAUAGUUGAUACGGAAGUUAACAAUCCACAUGAGACUACACUUGGCCUAUCAAGUCGAAGUCUGGGGGUUAUUCCGUCACGAGGCCGUCACAGAUGUAUAUCCUGGAUGACACCAUACGGAAGCGUACAACUUUCAUUGUGGGCCACUUCAGAUCGGUCUCCUCCUAACGUUGGUGACGAAGAAACUAUUAACUUUGCAGACGAAGCCUUCACCGUAAGAAUGGCGAUGGUCCCAAGUCGCAAAGUAGCAGCUUCGUCCCUAAUCAUGUUUGACUUCACUCCACACCUUAAUCUGCCAGCGAAGAUAACGUACCGAGCAAUGAUUCCAAAUCACUCAGAGGUCUUUCGUAUUGUCAAACGUGGCCAAGUCAAAGAGCUGAUUCAAGCACUUGAAGAAGGUACUGCACGACUGACUGAUCGCGAUGAGGACGGACGGUCAUUGCUCAACUAUGCAGUCCAUUCUUCGGAGAUAGAUAUGUGCAAAUAUCUGCUUGACAAAGGGGCCGACCCUAAUGCAAUUGAAAUAGACGAGUACGGUUGGAGUGGUCCAUUACACUCUAUGUGCCGCAUGCUUGACUCUGAUAUGAAUGAGGUAGCUACAUUGGAGCACAUACUAAAUAUCGAAGGACUAUUCAUCGGUCCAAAGAAUACUUGUAAACCCACCUAUUGGGUGGAUUCGGAAGAGGAACCCCUAUUCCAGCUUGCCCGCCUCUGUGGGUAUUACUUUGUUGCGGCAUUCCAUAUUGUUGAUAAAGCAAUUCUUCUGCUGAAAAGGAAAACCAACAUCUUAGGUCGCCUUUCCAAUGGAGACAACGUUCUCCACACACUUCUCAAAUGCCAACGCUAUCAUGAAAUCGAACCACGCAAACCCAGAGGAGCUGUAUUAUUCUAUGAAGACCGCGUAAUGAGGCUACGUGAAAACUCAUUUUAUCUCAGUGUUACAGAGCCACUGCAACUACUCUUGGCUUUCAUAACCGCCGGUGCGGACAUAUACACAAUCAAUAACAGAGGUCAAACACCAACUAUGGUCGCCCGCAAAUAUGGCCGGGAGCAUGAGUGGGCCGAGGCUCUUGCAUUGUGCGGAAUUGAUCCUGAGGAGGUUUUCGCACAGUCUGAUCUAGCUGUCUACAACGAUACUCACAUCCAGACGUCUAGACUGUCCUUUGACCAGUUCUGUCAGAACCGGCAAGAGCACCUCAGAUUCAAGGAAAAAUACUUUGGAGAAUAUUGUCAGUCGUGUGGGGAGAAGUUCCGACCUGAGAUAGUAUCCUUGGAUGAACGCUGUCCAGAGUGUGGAAAAAGGUUCCAACCUAAGGAAGUACCCCUUGAAGGACAUUAUCGAUGGUGGCUAGAGAACUACCUGCAUGAAAAGGCACGUUGGACAAAGUAUUAUCAGGAGUGGCUAGGGAGCUGUCUAUCUGACGAAGAGAUUACCGAUGAGGAUGCAGCGAUUACCGAUGAGGACGCAGAGAUUACUGAUGAGGACGCAGAGAUUACUGAUGAGGACGAAGAGAUUGCUGAUCAAGACGAAGUGAUUACUGAUCAAGAAGUGAUUGCUGAUCAAGACGAGGUGAUUGAUGAGGGCGAAGCGACUAAUAUAGAUGGACAGAGCCGCAUAAUACGUGCCGCCUACAAAAGCCACGAAAGUAUGGAAAUCAGCCAGGAACCUGCGGAUCUCGAUGCGGAGGAUAUGUUGUGGAGUGAGUGGAGCCGAGAGCAACCCGAAGCAGGAGAAUUCGACGACAGAGGUGUCUGCGUCGAUCUCCAAGAAACAACCGUUCACGAAAGAGAGUUGAGAGACGGAUUCACGAAGGAUGCGAACGAUCAAGUAAUGGGAGGUGGAAUCGACAGAGGGAAUGCUUUGGAUGAGAGCAAUCGCAACACCGGCAACCCGAUUGCUGACGGUAUGAACACAUUGGACAUGAAUAUGUUUGAUGACUUCUUUGAUUUCAGCAGUUUGUAG